AGGUCUAUAUGCGAUGAGUCAACUUAUAUUAUGCUUCCUGCUAACUCCUAUUAGUGUCGAGACGAUAUCAUUGUGUAUAGUAAGAAUUCGCCCAAGUAACGAUCAGGCAUAAGCAUAUAGGCUUGCUUAAAAGCGAGACGGCUAGUAACAGCGAUAAGCAAAUUUUAACCGGAGUAUUAAAACCAAGUGAUAUAUAUGUUUGAAGUUAAAAAGUAUUGUUAUUGAAGCUAUUUAGAAGAAUGUGUCAUUGAAAUUUAAAAAAUGUGGAUGGGAAGUUACAUCUACGCAAUUAUUCUGUACUUCUGCGCCUACACAAAUGCACAAGAACGUGCAUACUACAAAGGAAGUUAUUUUAUAUUCUCAUCACAAAUUACAAAUCACACUGGUGCAAAAUCAGCAUGUGUUGGAUUGGGUGGUCACCUUGCAAUUAUACCAGAUGCAGAAACUCAAACCUUCAUUCAAACUAAAGGAGCUGCUUACAAGAGUGAAGGAAAAUGGAUGACAAGCAAUAAUGACGCUUACAUUGAUGCAGUGAAGACAUCAGAUGGAACUGGUUGGGAAUGGAGCACAACACAUGACAAGUUUUAUUUUAAAACAACUCCACGUGGAAGGGAUGGAAGUGACAUAUACCAAGGGAAGUAUAACAAGUGGCAUCCAAAUCAUCCACGGUCUACUGAACAGUAUGCAAUAAUGGGGUCAGAACUUGGACCUCUUUUUUCAUGGACUUGGGUAUCUUCUUCAGCCACAUAUCUGACCCAUUAUAUUUGUCAAGUUCCAGCUGUAUUCGAAUACUACAAAGGAAGUUAUUUCGUAUUUUCAUCACAAAUUGCAAAUCAUGCUGGUGCAAAAUCAGCAUGUGUUGGAUUGGGUGGUCACCUUGCAAUUAUACCAGAUGCAGAAACUCAAGCUUUUAUUAAAGCUAAAGGAGAAGCUUCUAAAAGUGCAGGAAAAUGGAUGACAAGCAAUAAUGAAGCUUACAUUGAUGCAGUAAAGACAUCAGAUGGAACUGGUUGGGAAUGGAGCACAACACAUGACAAGUUUUAUUUUAAAACAACUCACCGUGGAGCGGGAGGAUCUAAAAUACAAAAUGGGAAGUACAACAACUGGCACUUAUAUCAGCCGGACAAAGGAAAUUAUGCAACUGUUGCAACUAAUCUUGGUGAACAUCACCUAUUCAGCUGGAAAUCUGUCACAGAUUCAACUAUGGCUCACUAUAUUUGUCAAAUUACAGCCACAUUAGAAUACUACAAAGGAAGUUAUUUCACGUUUUCUCCAUUUACUGCAAAUUAUGCUAGUGCAAAAUCAGCAUGUGUUGGAUUGGGUGGUCACCUUGCAAUUAUACCAGAUGCAGAAACUCAAACCUUCAUUCAAACUAAAGGAGCUGCUUACAAGAGUGCAGGAAAAUGGAUGACAAGCAAUAUUUAUGCUUACAUUGAUGCAGUGAAGAUAUCAGAUGGAACUGGUUGGGAAUGGAGCACAACACAUGACAAGUUUUAUUCGAGAACAAAUGCACGUGGAAGUGGUGCAUUUAAUGUUAAUGGUAAAUACAAUUACUGGCAUGCUCAGCACCCGACAGGUGGAAUGAACAGCUCAUAUAAUUAUGGAAUGAUAAGCUCAUAUAAUGAUAUGUACAUAUGGCACUGGAGAUCAACCAUUGUCUCAGAUACAAUUCACUAUAUUUGUCAAUUUAAAGUGAAAAGCAUGUCACUGGUUGCAUCCAAAUCAACUUUAAAUGUAAAGUACGGAGAAGAUUUUGUUAUUUGUUCAUCAAAUGCCAACCCUGGACCUCCUGUUUCAUGGAAAAUAAACUCACAAGAUGUUUCAACAAACACAAGUGAACGAGUUUAUCAAAUAAAUACACAACCUACACUGGAUGGGAAUUCUAUAUCACGUUUGUAUUUAACUCGUGGUUUACAUCAGAAUUCUGGUGUUUAUACUUGCAAUGCUACUUCCCUUGACCAAUCUGCAGUAACUACUGUCACAAUUGAAAAGCGACCAAGAUUAUUGGAAAGUAAAUUAGAGACAUCAAAAUACACUUUUAAAUUUAUCGGUGAAACUUCACCCACUGUUCAUUGGAAUGCAAAUGGUGUCACAGUUGAACAAGGAAUCUCAUUCAUAAACAACACAGUGUUAAAUACACAUGAAAUAUCAAGCCAAAUUACGAACUUGUUAAUAUUUGGAAGUACAGAUAUUGUCUCAUGUUGGGCAAAAAAUUCAGAUGGUUCUUCAAACAUAAUAUCACAAACUGGAUUUUCAGAUGAUCCAAGCUCAGCAGUCACUUCUUCACCUGGUGGUUGCCCUGGUAACCAACUACAAGUUAAUUGGACAGAUAUUACCAAAACCAGUGGUAACAUUGUAUACAAUGUAAGCAUCACUAAUUCAAGUCAAACUUACAUGAAAACUCUCACUCAAACAUCAACAAGUGACAACAAAUAUUCAAUCACUUUUGAUAACUUGACACCAAGAACAGAAUAUACCAUCAAGGUAAAUUUGUUUCCAAAGUAUUCAAAGAAAAUUGACCAAAUAGUUGGAAGAACAACUGGGGUAAAACCAAGUAUUUUAUCAGCAAAUAUGAGUUUGAAUCAAACUUUUUGUAUAAUAUCAUGGGAUAAAGGACCAGAACCUGGAAUAACUGGAGCAAGUAUUGUUGUAACAAGUAGCGUACGCAAAAAAGCACCAGGUGUGCCAGACGUUGUUACUAAUGAAACACAUAUACCACCAAGCGGUAUUUCUCCGUACCCGUUUGAAAUGCAACCAAAUCGCAAACAUUUAAUCUCGAUCGCUACCACAACUUGUUCUGAAAUUAGUUCGUUCAGGAUAGCAACAGGACAUUGUAUAUCAUCGGUGCAAGCCCCUGCCAGUAUACCAACCCCUACAACCAUUGGAAGUUCUGCAAGUACCUCACAUAUACAAGUAAACAAAGCUAAUGAAACUAAUGGUCCAAUCAGUUGUUAUCUUGUCAUUGGUGGAAAAGAAGGAAGCAACGUUUAUAGAGAUUCCUAUACAUGGAUGGAAAUAGAAAACAUAAUCACAAACUCCAAGUCUUCUACAUAUUGUGCUGCAGUUUUACCAAGGUUUAAUGAAACAAGCAGACAAGUUAGCUUAUCAUCCACUACAACAACACAAUGUAAAGUGAAUACAUCUUAUGCUAUAAGCUGCUCCAACAAAUUGUUGACCAAUGGAGUCACAUACAAAUUUCAAGUUGUCACUUUAACUUUAGCUGAUGGAGUUUACUUAAUGCAAACUAGUCAACCGGUUGUUACAACCCCACUUGCAGAUGGGCAGUCUAGUAAUACAAUCAUAAUUGCAGUUGUGGUGGCUGCAACGUGCACAUUGAUUGCCAUUGUAUUGAUUGUUUGUUUCUACAGAAAACGAAGGAAAAAUCAUUUAAAUCGAGGCAAAUCACAAAAAGCUCAUUUUGUCCAGAACGAAGAGGCUUUGCAGCAAAAUGAUACAAAUGCUGAAGGAGCGUAUGUCAACUUAGAAGUUGUUCAAAAGAGGGAAUGGAACAUUUUAACAAGCAAUUUGGUAAAUAGGUACAAGGAUAUGUUGGCUUCUGAUGAGGCAGCUUUUAAGAAGCAAUUCCAGGAACUGGCAACUAGUACAAAAGAAAUUGAACUACCAAAAACACACGCUGAAAAAACAGAAAACAAGAAGAAGAAUAGAUAUAAAAAUAUUUUGCCAUAUGAUGCUACAAGGGUAUUUCUGAAAGAAACAGCUGAGAAUCCUGAUUAUAUAAAUGCAAAUUAUAUUAAUGGUUAUUCUCAGGAGCGUAAAUUCAUAGCAACACAAGGUCCAUUGGAUCGAACAACUGGAGAUUUCUGGAGGAUGGUUUGGGAACAGGAAUGUUUGGUUAUAGUUAUGCUUACUAAUGUUGUUGAAUCUGGCAAGACAAAAUGUGCAAAAUACUGGCCUGACCAAGGAAAACGUUGCACAUAUGAUGGUUACAGUGUUGAAACUGUUACAGAAGUUGAUUAUGGUUCUUACAUUGUAAGGACAAUUAACAUUGAAGAAACCAAGAAUGAAUAUGCAACGGUGUUAAGAAAGGUAAAGCAUUUUCAUUACAUAGCAUGGCCAGAUCAUGGCGUGCCUCUGAUCACUUCAAGUUUAAUUCAAAUGCAAAAGAAUGUUAAUGCAGAAGCUUAUUCAAAAGAUAUGAAACCUAUCAUUGUACACUGCAGUGCUGGAGCAGGGCGUACAGGGGCUUACAUAGGAUUUGAUAUUUUACUCGAUGAAAUGAAAUCAAAGGACCAGGUUAAUGUAUUCAGGACUGUGCUGAACAUGAGAAAGCAAAGAAUGGACAUGGUGCAGAACAUGAAACAAUAUAUAUUCAUACACAAGCUCAUAACAGAAUGUUACGCAUUGGGAAACACUGAAGUGGAUGUUGCUGAAUUAGAAAAACAUAUCUCACAACAACCUAAAUUGCUGGAAGAAUUUGACAACUUAAGUAUUAUUCUUCCUCUGACAACAUCACAGAAAAUUGCUCUCCAGCAUUCUGAUGAUCCAGGAAACAGAGAUGUCAAUGUUUUACCAUAUGACCAUUCAAUAGUUCGAAUCCCUACACCAAAUGAAGAAUGUAAACUUGACUACUUGAAUGCUUCAUUUAUAUCGGACUAUUCACCACAUGAAACUUUUAUUGUGGCACAAGAUCCAGUGCCUGCUCAUGUAGAUAUUUUCUGGAGGGCCGUAGUUGGUAACAAUGUCAAUGUUAUUGUGAUGUUAAGUACAGUAGGGAACGGGGAAACAAAGGAUACCUGUCUUCCAUACUGGCCGGAAUGAAGCAGGACAAAGUCAAAACAUAUGACUUUGUUAAUGUGACACUUCUUAAUGAAAAGAAAACUCCUGAAUUGAUUGAACGUCAACUCUGUGUAGAGAUUGGUGACAUCAAAAUAACUGUCACACACAUCCAGUGCCUUUUCUGGCAAGAAAAUCUUGACACAGAAGGCACAAAGAAUAUUGUGAACCUGGUCUCUAUUGCUGGCAAUUUAAAAGAGGAUAAUGGAGCAAUUUUAGUUCAUUGCUAUGAUGGAGCUGGGCGUUCAGGUGUGUUCUGUGCCGUCAACAACAUUAUUAAGAGAUUAAGAACUGAAAAUCGUAUUGAUGUGUUUCGUACUGUUAAAGAUCUAAGAGACAUGAGACCACAUAUGGUUCGAACUGCUGUUCAAUACCUAAUCUGCUACAAUUCAAUCAUUGCUUUCCAGAAUUUUUUUACUACAUAUGCUAAUCUCUAAACAGUUUACACUAAAAUUAAAGGGAAUAUUAUUCUGCUUUUGCACUUAUUUAUUUACAACCAUUUGUUAGGCACUUGUACUGAGAUAAAGUCACAAAGCUGACUUUGAAAUAAUACAUACUCAGCGACCACUUUAUCAAUAAAUGUAUAUUUAUAAACUCACACUAUUCUUUUCCUUCAAACACUCUUUUUUUAUCAAUAUUUAAAAUGACAGUCUAAUUUUAAUACUAGAAAUAAUUGUUGUGACACUAACCACAACUAAUAUGAAUUAAAAAACAUGUUUUUAUUAUAUGUAUCUCAUUAUUGUAAUAACUGUUGUUUCGCUGUUAAUUUUUACCUUUUUAUUUUAAAUUGAAUUAUUAUUUUUUUCCUCUUAG